AUGGAGGGGAGCUCCCCGGAGCGGCUGCCACCGUCACCCCCCUGCCCGUUGGGCCAGCGCUGGCAGGGGAACAGCCCCCUCGUCCCGCAGGACACGCACGGGCCUGGCGGGAAGGCGGGAGAGGACAAGGAGGCUGCGUCGCCCCGGGAGCCCGAGCUGCAGCCGCGCCGGCCCUUCCGACGGAAGCACCGGCUUUACUUGAAGCCCAGGCCUAGCCAGGCUGCCGCCUCCCCCGGGCAGGGGCAGCCGGAGGGCGCCGAGGAGCCGGGGCCCUCCCGGGGCAAGAGGCUCCGCUUCAUCUGGGGCCAAGGCGGCGACUUCCAUCGCAAGAAGAGGCUGCUGGAGAACGGGCUGGAGGAGGCGCCGCUCGUGCCGCAGAGCAGCGAGGAGGAGGAGGAGGAGAAAGGCUCUCGGCCCUGCUCCCCGGAGGCGCCGCUCGCCGGCCGUGCCAAGCCCGACUUCGUGCAGCUGAUCGACGAGCACGGCAUCUACUCCACGGCCAAGCUGGUGCUGGGCGGCGCGGCGGGCGAGCUGGACGAGGCCGCGGUGCUGCCCGCGCACCUCAAGCGGGGCGGCGGCGCGGCGGGCGCCGACUUCGAGAUCCGCGAGGUGAUCGUGGACGAGAAGCCCUUCCAGUGCGGCGUGUGCGAGAAGGCCUUCAAGCGCGCCUGGGAGCUCUUCAGCCACGAGGUGGUGCACAACGAGGAGCGCCCGUUCCGCUGCGACCUCUGCGAGGCCUCCUUCAAGCGCCACUCGGACUUCAAGAGCCACCGGCUGGUGCACACGGAGGAGCGGCCCUUCCGCUGCGAGCUCUGCGGCAAGCGCUUCAAGCGCUCCUCCAACCUGCAGGAGCACCGGCGCAUCCACACGGGCGAGCGGCCCUUCCACUGCGCCUGCUGCGACAAGAGCUUCAAGACGCCCUACGAGCUGCAGCGGCACACGCUCACGCACUGCACCGAGAAGCCCUUCAAGUGCGCCGACUGCGGCAAGGACUUCCCCACGUCCAACGCGCUGCUGCUGCACCAGCGGCAGCACUGCGACGACAAGCCGCACGUGUGCGGCGUGUGCGGCAAGAAGUUCACCUACGGCCACAGCCUCAAGGUGCACGAGCGCGUGCACACGGGCGACCGGCCCUUCGUGUGCCCGCUCUGCGGCAAGGGCUUCAAGCAGUCCAACGCGCUGUCGUCGCACGAGCGCGUGCACACGGGCGAGCGCCCCUUCGUGUGCAAAACGUGCGGCAAGGCCUUCAAGCAGUCGUCCUACCUGGUGAUCCACGAGCGGGCGCACACGGGCGAGCGGCCCUACAAGUGCGAGGCGUGCGGCAAGGCGUUCGCCCGGCCCUCGCUGCUGUUGCAGCACCACCGCGUGCACAGCCAGGAGCGGCCCUACAAGUGCAGCUUCUGCCACAAGUUCUUCAAGGACCUGGCCUACCUGGCCGUGCACGAGAAGGUGCACACGGGCGAGACGCCCUACAAGUGCGGCGUGUGCGACAAGGGCUUCGCGCACCCCUCCAACCUGCUGCAGCACCAGCGCGUGCACCGCGACGGCUGA